AUGCAGAAUUCGGUUUCUUUGGUGCCCGCGGCCCUUCGGCGUGGCGAUACCAUCGCCUUCAUCGCUCCCUCUGCACGUAUCAAUCACAUCUUCCCUUUACGUAUUGCCCGAGCACGUGCCUUCCUCGAAGCCCAAGGUUUCCGUAUCCGCGAAAUCUAUACCCCUGAACUCCCUACAACCUCAUUCCGUGCUGCUCUCAAGACAAGAGUGGAUGAAAUACAUGAAUCUUUUCGCGACGAUGAAGUGCGCGCUAUUAUAUGCUGUAUUGGCGGGCUGACUGCUAAUGAGAUCCUGGCCCACCUUGACUACGAGUUGAUUCGCGAGCAUCCUAAGAUUUUUAUAGGGAGCUCUGAUAUUACAUUGUUUCAUCAUGCGUUGCUUGCUGGUUCCGGGCUACGGACUUUCUAUGGUCCGAGUGCAAUUACGCAGUUAGGGGAAUAUCCUGCUCCGCUGGACUUCACCUGGGAGCACUUUCUGCGUGUACUAGUCGCGGAGCGGGAAGAGAGCAACGCACCCAGCGAAGAAGUUGGGCCCAUGCCUCGCGCGACUCAUUAUACUGAUGAGUUCCUCGAUUGGUCCGGUGAACCUGGCAACCUACGCGCCCGUGAGACUAAACCCUCUCCUGGCUGGAAAUGGCUUCGUCCUGGGCUAGCACAUGGCCGUAUUUUUGGAGGCUGUUUACCUAGCACCUUGCAGCUGUUCGGCACACCGUGGGAGGUCUCAUACAAAGACCGAAUUUUACUUCUCGAGCUCCCCGAAGGCAUGACACUCGACAGUCCCUGGCCAUUAGAACUGGCCCGCUGGAACCUGGCGGAUCUAGGGAUGCGAGGAGUGUGGGACGAUAUUACUGGUUUAAUCUUGGGCCGACCGUAUAGACACACAGAGGGACAGGUGGCUGAGUGGGAGAAUAUGGUGCUUGAACUCACCGAGGGCUACGACUUUCCUAUUCUUGCUGGUGUGGAUGUCGGCCAUACCGAUCCUAUGUUGACAGUUCCGCUUGACGCUCUGUGUCGGCUGGAUAGUGAGAGGGAUGAGUGGGUUGUUUUGGAGAGUGGUGUGGAAAAUAAAUGA